GUGGGUGGGGACAUAAAAAAGGGGGAAGCCGGUCUUUACUUAGGCCUGCCUUGGGCAGCCAUCUUGGAGGGUCGCGGCGGCGGAGGAGGGAAGAGGGUCUGAGGGACCCACCGAGACGUCCAGGCUGCGAGGCUGACUCCGGCGCCCGCUCCCCUCCUUCCCCUUCCCCCCCACCCCGAGGCCUCGCAGGAAGGCCCUGAGACCCAGCAGGAAGAGAUGAGCAGCAAUAGUAACAAGCGAGCACCCACGACAGCCACCCAGAGACUCAAACAGGACUACCUGCGCAUUAAAAAAGACCCAGUGCCUUAUAUAUGUGCUGAACCUCUACCAUCAAAUAUCCUUGAAUGGCAUUACGUCGUACGGGGACCUGAGAUGACUCCUUAUGAAGGUGGCUAUUAUCACGGGAAACUAAUUUUCCCCAGAGAAUUUCCUUUUAAACCUCCUAGUAUUUAUAUGAUAACACCGAACGGAAGAUUUAAAUGCAACACAAGGUUGUGUCUUUCGAUCACAGACUUCCAUCCCGACACGUGGAAUCCAGCUUGGUCAGUCUCGACCAUCUUAACAGGCCUUCUUAGCUUUAUGGUUGAAAAAGGUCCCACUCUCGGCAGUAUAGAAACGUCGGAGUUCACAAAAAGGCAGCUUGCUUCCCAGAGUUUAGCGUUCAAUGUCAAAGACAAAGUCUUCUGUGAAUUGUUCCCUGACGUGGUAGAGGAAAUCAAGCAGAAACAAAAGGCGCGAGAGGAUCUCCACAGCCGGCCUCCAACCCUCCUGCUCCCGGACGUCGUCCCCGACGGGGAAGCCGCCCAUCACGGCCAGAACGGGCUGCCUCUCCUCAAUGGGCACGUCCCAUUGGCUGCCGCCGCCGCCAACAACCACCCCGGCCUCCAGCAGGCCAAUCGGAACCACGGACUCCUGGGCGGAGCUUUGGCGAACUUGUUUGUUAUAGUCGGCUUUGCGGCCUUUGCCUACACGGUGAAGUACGUCCUGAGGAGCAUAGCGCAAGAAUGAAGCGCUUUCCCCCUCUCUCCCUCCCCCCCUCUGGUUCCAAGACCAAAAUUAGCGGUAGCGGCAGGAGGGGAAAAAAAAGAAAGAAGCAUAUGGGACAUCCUAAGUAUCAUAUUCCUGACGCCGGGAUAAAUGCCGCGAUUUGUACAGGUAAAAACAAAGCAUACCAAUUUGGCUCAUGGGUUUAGGUUGGGAGAGAAGAGAAGCCCUUUCAGAUUGGAAGCAAAUGCAGUCGGGAUGGUGGCGGCGGAGGAGAAAUGAGUUGAUUCUUGUCAGGGGCAAACCCCCUCCCUGUUAAAACCAGCCAAGACCUAAAAGGUUUCUGCCCCCUCCACAAAAAAGUGGAAUUUUUGUUAUUUGUCGUUUUUUUCAUCAGCACAGAACCACUUCUGAAAUUCUUAAGACUGUGUUAAGUAUUCAUGUGGAAUCACACAUGGCAAGAGAUGCUGUGGGGGUUCCCAGUGGCAUAGAAGCCAGGGGUGGUGGCAGAAGGGGUUGUGCUGUGCUUAACCCUCCCAUCCAUUGCUGGCCCUCUGCAUUCUGUCACUCUCCCCUCCACUUCAGUCUUGUUUUGCCUCAUUGGAGCGCAAAUCACAUCUUGGAACUUCCGGCCUUGUGGAGGGGUGUAUAGAGGAAAAGCAGAGGGGGAGGGGGAGGGCAGAGGAAUAGUAAAAUAUGUUCUCUCUCUCUCGCCCCCCCCCAAUUUUCCCUUCCAAAUGCUCGACCACAACUCCUGUCACUUCACAGGUUGGUGUUUGACUGCUGAACGCAAUCGUUCUGCUGCUAGACCAAGACCUUGACAAAGCGUUUUGUGUACUGCACCCUUGUGUGUGUGUGUAGGGGGUGAUGAUUGGUCCUUGCGCCUUUAUCUCCCUCCACCCCUAAGAGCCUUGUGGUUGCAAAUCACCGUUCUGGGAGAGUAAGGUCGCCAGUUUCUUUCAUCCAUGGGAACGAUUAUCUUCCCCUGUCUCAAACAAUCAUGACAAUCUGGGGGCCUUCUUCAGGGUCGGCCCACUGUGGUUUUUUUUUAAGUGUGUGCACAUUUUCUUUUGUCUUACAUUGUCACAAUAAUGCAAGGUUCUGUUGUUGUUGUUACUUAAUUCUGGCCUCCAGCAACUCUCACUCUUGCCAGUUAAAGCUGAAAAACUUGUCUAAUGAGCGGUCUGGCUCCAGGUGGUUUUUCUAUUUUCAUGCUGUGCGUUUAACGGAGAGUUUUAAAGUCGGUGUUUCUGUGUGUUUUUGUUUAAAACCUCCCUGAAACAGCUGCUGUUAAAACACCGUGCAGUUUAAGGUUGCAAUCAUGUUAGUGUUUUUUGUUUGCUACGGCCACCAGGUGUUGCUGUUCAGUUAGAAUACUCCUGUCUUCCUUUUUUUCCCAGAAAAAGAAAAUUUUAAAAAUUAAAAAUAAAAUCCAGAGCGGGGUAACUUCAGAAAACUUUCCAAUGAAUUCCAUUGGCGCUGGGUGUGUUGUGUGCAAAGCCACCUCGAGGAGUGCGAUGGGGAUUGUGCGUGUGCCUUUCCUGAAAAGGCCUCUUAGGUGGGGUUUAUUUUUUAGAAGCAGGUGACUGGUUUGCCCUUCAGACUUUGAUAGGAGAGAGGUGCUUCUUUUUUGCUCAGGCUUUAGGACUGUCAUCCUGCUUGUCCCUCGGAUGUUUUGUCAUAAGUGGGCGAGCGAAACUAUAAACCAGGCGUGGGGAACCUUUAAAGCCCUUCCAAUGUUGCUGAAGUACAACUCCCAUCAGCCCUAGUAAGCAUGGCCUGUGGCAAGGGAUGAUGGGAGCUGUCGUUCAGCAACAUUGGGAGGGCCAAAGGUUCCCCGCACCUAGAGAUGUGAAGGAAAAAAGAGGAACAAUUCAGGGGGGCAAACUAUCUCCCCCCCCCCAAUUUUUCCAUUUUUUUUUAAACAGGGAGAAAAAUAGUUUUCUCCAAAAAUUUCCAGGGUUUUUUUUUUUUUGAGGGGGGAGGCUUCACAGCUCUGCUGACACAUGGGCUAAAGCAAUCUUAAUGGAAGGGUGAAACUUUCUCUAGGCUUCAUGCCCCGCAGAGCCCUCUGGUUUAUGCCAUUUUGGCCUUCCCAGAAAGCCCAUUUCUUAGCCUGCUUAUACAGCUGGAGCAUCCGGUGACGAAUCUUCUCCGGGUUUUUGCACCAUUUCAGGCUGCAGGUUGGAGUGGUGCCGUUUGUUUUGGCAAGUGCUGUCCCAUGGAGGGCAAAGAUUCCUUGUGUGUAGAAAACUAGCACAUUAGAGCAGGAUCCAUUUCAGCCUUGUAGAAGGUUGUGUGUGUGAGUGAGUGAGAGACACAGAGAACUCAAACAUUCAGCAGACAUGCGCAUUGUCUGUCACAGCUAGGGGAAGCACUGACCCCUUGAUUCUGUAGACAGGUAUAAAGCAGCUGAUUGGCUGCAUUUUAGCCCCACCCACUCAAUGUGAUUGGGCCCUGCAAGGGCUUGGCAGAAGUGGGUGGAGCCCUGGCGUUCGCAACCACUUGUCUGAUCAUCUUGGGAAGAUGACAGUUAAGUGGCCCAGAUUGUUGAAGCAAUAGCCUGGACCCUACAUUUUAACACAGGUGUGGAGGCACCUUUGGCCCUUUGCUGAACUACAACUCCCGUUCUCCCUGGGCAUUGCCCAUGCUUGCUGGGGCUGAUGGGAGUUGUACUUCAGCAAUAGCUGGAGGGCCAACGGUUCCCCAGCCCUUCUAUAACAGAAUAUCUUGCAGGUCAAAAAACAUGUCAUGGGAUGUCUUGUUUUGCCUCAUUGGAGCGCAAGUCAAAUCUUGGAACUUCCGGCCUUGGGGAGGGGUGUAUAGUGGAAAAGCAGAGGGGGAGGAGGAGGGCAGAGGAAUAGUUACAUAUAUUCUCUCUCUCUCCCCCCCCCCCGCCAAUCUUCCCCAAAUCCUUUGCCUCAACCUAGAGGUGAUAUCUGGUGCCUUUUCCUAAUUUCCCGUGGGUUUCUUUAAAAAAUCACCGGCUUUGCAGUAACGAGAGUUACCAAAGGAUAUCUGCAAGGCCGAAAGGCUCUUCUAGUUUUAAAACCUACUUUUGUUCUUUCUAAAAUGUUUGCCAUGGCUCAAACAAAGGCCUUACUGGAUUCUAAGAAUGUGAUAUUCCCCCUUUCUCCCCCUCUUUAAAAAAAAAAAAAAUCUAAGCUGCUAGUUUCGUUCUAAAUAUUUUUUUAUUUAAAUUGAAACACCCCACCGAACGAAGACAAGGUUUGAUUCCUGGUUCCGCUGGAUGGUUUGAAGUAGUUGCAGGUGGCGGGCGCCAAAGACAAGUGAGCCGCGUUAAACCCAUGAGCCACGUAGCUUAGAUAAUCAAAUAGUGCUUUUGAUCAAUUGAUCUGCAAUAGAUAUGGAGUUGUUGAAGCUAACAGGAUAGAUCUAUACGGUGGAAACAUCUUUGAAAAAGAGACCUAAUGGUGUGUGCACGGGGUGGGGGCAGAUGGAACUUGGUAGAGAAUGACUUAAUAUCUAUUUAUAAAACACUUUGGAGAUUCUGUGUUUGUUUUCCUCCCCCCCCCUUUCUUCCUUUUUUUGAUUGAAUUUUAUUUAUAAUCGUUCUUCAAGUCAGCCUCCUGUACGUGCGUUUCAUCUGCUCUUGCCACGAGAAGAUCUUAAAUGUAUCUCUUGUUUCUACAAA